AUGUCAGAAGAGGAAUCCGCUACACGAUUCGACAUCUUGAGCAACAGAGAAACGGAACUAGCCAUGAUGAUUCUCAUGUACGGAGUCACCCCUGCCAUUUCCAUUAUCGGGAUUGUCGGCAAUGUCUGCAGUAUUUUAGUUCUCCUAAAACAAAACUGCAAGAAGUGUUCCAACAUUCUCCUUCUGGGAUUGACAAUCAGUGACCUGACCUAUCUCAUUGGCUUCAACAGUGUUCCUAAGAUUAUUUACACUCUUUCCGGGAAGCAGUCUUUCCCUUAUGAAGCUUCUGUUUCCGAAACGUUAUUCUUUUUUUACAGAAUUUUCCUCAUCAUCGAUUAUUCUUCAGGAUUCGUGGGACUAACUCUUCCAAUGUUGAUUACGAUAGAAAGACUAGUUACUGUCUUCUUCCCGCUAAAGGUCUCUAAAAUCAUAACACCUAGAAGAACUAUCAUAGCCAUUUCGGGAGUGUUUAUAUUUUGGUACGGUAAUUUUAUAUAUACGAUGUUUUGGUUUUCUCUUAGCUACACAUACGAGCUUUCAGGGAAUAGAAGUGUUUACAUGAUUGCUCAUACAGAGGUAUUUGAACACGAUAAACCAGCUGUUUACGCGAUAAAUGAAGCCUGGAUAUAUUUGAGCAUGCGUAUUCCUUCGGUGUUUACGUUUGUCGGUUGCAUCAUUAUAGGAAUCAAAAUUAAAAUGGCGUCGGACAAGCGGCGGGAGAUGACGGGGAAGAACCAGUCCAUGUACAGAACAACAAAGACACUUUUGGCUGUGUGUGUUGUGUAUACAAUGACUUGCGCUAUAGCCUCACUUCCUGCUAUCGUGCCACAGUACGUCUCGUUUUCUAUAAGUGACGAGACAACGAGCAACAUUUGUCAAGUUACCUAUCAUAUAAUCAGCACAGCCGGGUGUAUCAAUAGUUCCUGUAAUUUUGUGAUCUAUAUUGUUUUCAACAAGAAUUUCAGAGAUGCAUACAAGGCCUUGUUUUCCAAAUCUAGAAGAAGGAUCAAGGCAACAGAUACAUUUUAG